AAGCUACAGUUACACAUGCUCAUUACUAGCACGAAAGCAUGCCACUAUUGAGCAAUUGCUACUUAGUGGUAUGUGUGUCGAAACAUUGCUAAUAAUUAGCAUGCUAAUUACGAGUAUGCUCAAAAAUCGACGGCCGUGCGAUUUUUGGGCAUGCUACCUGCGGCGCGGGUGGAAGGGGGCGUGCUUUUAGCGCGUGUAAACAGGUUUGCUUAUUGAGCAUGCUAGUAGCGAUCAGUCGUUCACAGUAGAUGCGCGUGCACAAUUUCUCGCCAAAAAUGUCUCGCUGGGGCGAUGAAAAAACGUUGAAAUUUGUAAUUUUAUAUCGGAACAACGAGUGCCUAUGGAAUCCGCAUAUACCACAGUACAAAAACAAUAUUGCAAGAAAUAAUGCAUAUCAAGAUUUAUUAACCAACAUGGACGAUCCUACUUUGACUGUGAAAAUUAUAAAAUCAAAAAUCAAGAACUUGAGGUCCGUUUACCACAGCGAAUUAAAAAAAAUUGAGAAUUCCAAGCGAUCCGGUUCUGGUGCCGCUACUGUGUACAACCCAUCUAUGUCCUGGUUUCACGAAAUGCAUUCUUUCCUUGGAGACACUGGCGAUUACAGGGACCCUAUUUCUAUGGAAUUGAUACAAGACAGAGACGAGCCAUCGCAAGAUUCACAACCAAGUGACGCUGUUUCAUAUUCAAACUCGUUGACGCCGCAAUCGAUGAAUGUGUUAUCACCCUCUCCUAGUCCAACUACAGAAGAUCGAUCACAAUCGCGUUCAUCUAAUAACUCAUCAACACGACGUAGAAAAAGAAGCUUACAAGAAGAACCCAUUACAUAUGCUCUCGAUCGUUUACAAAAUAUUAGUUCUGCUAUAAAUGCACCGCCUAAUUACGACGAAUUCCAUUAUUUUGCUCAAAAUGUUGCAGCUCAAUUGCGAACUCUACCAUUGUACGACGCAUUAGAUGUACAACAUGAGAUCCAAACAAUUCUGACUGCAGCAAGACGUCGACGCCAGUACCCAAAUUUGUCUCCCUUUACACAAACAAUGACUUUCAUACCUCCCAGUACAAACACAAAUACAGUCACUUACACACCUCCUACUACAAACACACAGACAAUGACUUUCAUACCUCCCAGUACAAACACAAAUACAGUCACUUACACUCCUCCUACUACAAACACACAGACAAUGACUUUCAUACCUCCCAGUACAAACACAAAUACAGUCACUUACACACUUCCUUACGCGUUAUCCCAAUCAGAUUCUACUGUCUCUGAAGAAGAUUUGUUGAACAAAGCAUGGAAAAUGUGUUAAAGUUAAAUUUAGUUUAGUAAGUUUUUAAUCUAGAUUUUAAACAAUAAAUACUUGAUUUAAACUAAUAAUCACUGGUUUACUUUACUUACCCGCAUAUAAUCCUUCAGAACAUUGUAUAUUGCAUCACACACUUCAGGUAUAAAUAGAGAUAUAGUAGACCUUGCAACUCUGUGAAGUGCUUCUAAUGUGUAUAACGAAUCUCCAGUUGCUAGAUACCUCAAUGUCACUUCCAGUUUCACUUUUGGUGGAAUAGCAUUUCGCAUGUGUGUAUCUUGUUUCUUUAUAGCGCUUUCAACUUUAGAUAGUAACUCGUCAAACUGAUGCGGUAACAUGCGCAAAUGAUUUUUGUAACCAUCAAUAUCUUCUUCUCGCAUUUCUACUAGCAAUCGAGUACUUGCUCCAAGUUGUUCCCUUCUACUUAGCCAAUCACGGACCCAAAUCUUCCUAUUCCUUUUACAUUGGUUUUUUCUCUUUCUACCUGAGAGAAGUCUUCGGAUGCAUUGCAACGAUAGCAAAAGAAUAACUUUAUUAAGCUCCGUACGGAUGGUUGUUUCAUCGUCCAUGGUUUUGUUUGAACUAACAAAGAGCAUGCUAAAAUCGCAUUUGUGUUGGAGUGUUUGCUUUGAGCAUGCUUAUUUAGUAGCAUACUUAAAACUAGCAUGCUUAUUGCUAGCAAAUGUAAACAGUUCAUAAGCAUACUCAUAUUAAGCAUACUAAUAGCACGUUUUUUAGCAUGCUAGUAAUGAGCAUGUGUAACUGUA